CAUGACGUGACCUCUGCGGAGCUUUGCUAUCUUUGAUGAUGCAGGCAAGGCAGCAGCACUCCGAGCUGUCUUCGACACACGGCCCACCGGAGCUCGCCCCAGACAGUUCACCGACUGCGCUUCCCUGACUGCACCUGUAUCAGCCACAGACUCUGAUGUAAGCGCCUCAGUGGGCAAGGAAUGGACCAGGACCAUGGCAAAUUGUAACCCACACAGAUCACCAUCCUCCUCUAGUGAUGAAGUCAACCUGGGGCCCUCUGCUAACCCACACGCCAAGCCCACUGACUUUGACUUCCUGGCCGUCAUUGGUAAAGGGACCUUCGGAAAGGUCCUGCUUGCCAAACUCAAAGCCGACAACAAAUUCUAUGCUGUCAAAGUUCUCCAGAAGAAGGUCAUCCUGAAGAAGAAAGAGCAAAAGAACAUCAUGGCAGAGAGGAACGUCCUCUUGAAGAGCCUUAAACACCCCUUCCUGGUGGGGCUCCACUACUCCUUCCAGACCCCAGAGAAGCUCUACUUCGUCCUGGACUACGUCAAUGGAGGCGAGCUGUUCUUCCACCUGCAGAGAGAGAGGUGCUUCUCUGAGCCCAGAGCCAGGUUUUAUGCUGCUGAGGUGGCCAGCGCUAUCGGCUACCUCCACUCCCUCAACAUCGUUUACAGAGAUCUGAAGCCAGAGAACAUACUCUUAGAUUCUCAAGGCCACGUGGUGCUGACAGACUUUGGGCUGUGUAAAGAAGGGGUGGAGCCAGAGAGCACCACCUCUACCUUCUGUGGAACCCCAGAGUACCUAGCCCCUGAGGUCCUGAGGAAGGAGCCGUAUGACAGGACAGUGGACUGGUGGUGUUUGGGAGCUGUGCUGUAUGAGAUGAUCUACAGUCUGCCUCCGUUCUACAGUCGCGACGUGUCUGAGAUGUAUGACGGGAUCCUGCACAAGCCCCUCCCCCUGCCCCCGGGGAAGUCUGACGCCCUGUGCAGCCUCCUCCUGGCUCUGCUGCAGAAGGACCAGCGCAGACGCCUUGGGGCCAUCGCAGACUUUCUGGAAAUAAAGAACCACAUGUUUUUCUCACCAAUAAACUGGGAUGACCUGUACCACAAGAGGAUCACUCCUCCAUACAACCCCAACGUUAAAGGUCCAGCUGACACGCAGCACAUCGACCCAGAGUUCACCAGGGAGGUGGUGCCAGGCUCGGUGGGCCGGACUCCAGAGAUGACCACCGGUGCCAGCAGCUCCAACGCCUUCAACGGCUUCUCCUACGUCUCCAGUGAUGACAGCUACCUCUGAGACCAGGAACCUCCACAAGAAAGCAUCACACCGUCACUAAAUUCACAUUUGAUCGGGACUUCCUGCUGCCCUGGCAUUUCCUUCUUGUUUCUGUAUGUUCUUUGUUCUGUGGAAGCAGGGAAGCUGCAUUGGCCUCUAUAGAACUAGAAUGCAAAAGAUUCUGUAUUCAUCUUUCUCUUAUGGGUGGAAUAGCGGAGCGUCCAUCUUUGAUGUGGACUGUCGUCUAGACAUCCACAGCAGACACGGAUGUGUUGUUGAGGGCAGGAGUAGGCACGUUUUCAUGAAGAUCGACCUCUGGACUGCUACCCAUGUUGCCUGUUUCUAUGCUGAUAGUCUUAGCUAGGAGUAAAGGUUCUUGAAUGCACAUUUCAGGACAAUUUGGUGUCUUUCACAUCUUAGACUGAUGUUUAGACAUUAAAUAACAGACUGAAUUAUCCUUUCUUGUAGAGUUGGCAUGGAGACUUUAUCAAAUUAAUUAUUUAUCCUGCAUGUAAAUAUUCUUUAGCUACUGUAUCUGGAACCAAUAAAAACGUUUAAAAUUAAUGUUCUUUUAAUGGAACUCAAUGUAUUGAUGUUAAUAAUUGAUUUGGAUUGUCUGUAUUAAUCUAAUGUGCAGGGUUCUUUUGUUGUCAUGACUAUGUUCAGAACCAGGCCUUCAGUGACGCACAGACGUGUGUGUACAUAGACAACUUUCCUCUCAGUCAGACAUCUUGUCGUGAAUAUUUACCAGGUCUUGAAGAUGUGUAAAAGGAACACAGAAGGUGAUAGGUUCAUAGAUUUUGGAUGUUUCUAUUUUAUUGUCAAAUAAAACAUAACACAAUAAAGCAAUAAACAUGCAAACCACCUAAA